AUGCCACGACUUUUCUCAAGGACCUUUAAACCCCCUCCCCCCUCCUCGACCUCAUCAUCAAAAUCCCUACCAAUUCUCUCCCCAGUGCACCAUGCCAAAACCCCCACCCUCUCAAUUGAAUACUUCGACUCAGACCCAAACAACGCCACCGCCCCAGUUGCCAUUCUGAUCCACGGCUUCCCAUACUCAAUCGACACCUACAUCGACGUAGUCCCAGGCCUAGUAGACGAAGGCUACCGCGUAAUCGUACCCUCACUCCGCGGCUUCGGCGGCACAACCUUCCUCUCACCAAGCACACCACGCAGCGCCGAACAAGCCGCCCUAGGCAAAGACGUAAUCGACCUAAUGGACGCGCUACACAUCGAAAAAGCCAUCUUCGCCGGUUACGACUGGGGCACCGUCGUCGUCAACGUCGCCGCCGCACUCUGGCCACACCGCUGCACCGGCAUGGUCGCAGCAAACUCCUACCUAAUCCAAAACCGCGAGACAGCCUGGUCCGUCGCGCCGGCUACCUCGUUCCCAGUGAAAUGGUACUAUUACGUCUUCCUCACGCCAUUCGGAUACAGUUCGCUGGCAAACGACACGAAGGGCUGGGCGGAGAUUCUGUGGUCGAGAAAUAGUCCCAAUUGGACAUUUACAGAGGCUACACUUGAUGCUGCGGCGCAAGCAUUACGGAAUCCAGAUUAUGUCGACAUUGCAACGGACUUUUAUCGGAAUCGGUUGCUUUAUUCGAAGGGGGAUCCGGCUUAUGCGGAUUUAGCGGCCAAAUUGGAUAGUCAGCCUGUUAUUGUGGUUCCGGCUGUUACGCUGGAUCCGGAUCAGGCUGUUGUUUUUCCGGCGACGGAUGGGAGUGCGACGGCGAAGUAUUUUGCUGGGAAGAGGGUGCAUCGGAUUGUUGAGGGGUGUGGGGAGGCGAUUCCUUUGGAGAAACCGCGGGUUUUUGUGGAUUCUAUUUUAGAGGUUGCAGGGUUGAGUGGGAAGUAG